AUGGCUAGAACUAAACAAACAGCAAGAAAGUCUACUGGUGGUAAGGCACCAAGAAAACAGUUGGCAUCAAAAGCCGCUAGAAAAUCAGCACCAGUUUCAGGAGGUGUUAAGAAACCACACAGAUAUAAACCAGGUACCGUUGCCUUGAGAGAAAUUAGAAGAUUCCAAAAAUCCACUGAGUUAUUGAUCAGAAAGUUGCCUUUCCAGAGAUUAGUCAGAGAAAUUGCUCAAGAUUUCAAAUCAGAUUUGAGGUUCCAGUCGAGUGCUAUUGGUGCUUUGCAAGAAGCCGUUGAAGCUUACUUGGUUGGAUUAUUUGAAGACACUAACUUAUGUGCUAUUCACGCAAAGAGAGUUACCAUCCAAAAGAAGGAUAUUCAACUUGCAAGAAGAUUAAGAGGUGAGAGAACUUAA